AUGCCUUCCCCCUCGUCCAGCAUCAAGUCACAUCCUAGGCCAAAGGUCGUUGCUGCUAAGGCUGAAGGUCUUAAGUCGCAGCCCGUAGUGGCUUCUCGGCCUGUGCGGGCUCGCAAGUCACAGAUCAAUGGACCAUUGCAAUCAAUCGACACGUCUCUGAGCGCCCAUCCUCGCACAGACCCUAUCAACGCCUUGACAAUACUGUUAAAGCUCUUGACGUCCCUCCCAACACGGAUUGGUGGCUGUCAGUUUAAACUGACUCCAGCAGAACAUGCACUCUCGCUCCAUCUUGUCAGCAUUCUCGAUCCCUUCGUUUAUCAUGGCGUGCGCGCUUUAUCUCCAAAUAUAAAUCUCACUGGCACCGCCGAUAACUCGACUAUCGUAUCCUCUCCAGGUCUUGGCCUCAUUCAACAGCCCACUGAGAUAAUCGAUGCCAUUCUAGCCCAUGUUGACUCGCGGAAGGAUUUGAUUAGUAUUGGUUUGGGGUGCAAGCGUCUACACGACAUAGUAUUUCCAAGGCAUUUUGAAUACCGAGUCAUUCGAUGCAAAGUAUCUUCAAUUGGCGUCUGGAACCACCUCAUAACACACAGUUCCCUGGCCCGCAACGUUCGGAAGCUUGAGAUUAUCGAUGAGCGCACCCCAGUCCCGGCAUUCAACGCUGCGCACCCGGGACUCCAUCGUCCAUCGUCCAUGCUCAUCCCACGCACUAUGAUGCGGUCUUCUCCCACAUCCACUACACUGGGGGGAGGUACGGACCUUGAAUCAACCGAUGAUGAGCUACAUAUGCAUACCAAGCAGGAGCGGUAUCUGUCAGCAGCGCUUCUCCGCAUGACAGGAUUGAAAGAAUUCAAAUGGUCCUGUAACCAUUCGCCCAUCUCAAUUGCCCGGGUGUGGCCGGCGCUUAUGAUGCGCGCUGAACAUCUGAAUUCUGUUGAAAUAUGUGAUAACUUGGUUUUUGGACCUCGCAACGGGCACUGGGCAGUAGUGGACGACGAUAGCGAAGAGGAUAGCAGUGGAAACGAGGAAGAGGAAGAUUCAGGGAGACUUUCAACUUUGAUUAAACAUCGACCUACACUGGAGGCAAUGGAGAGCGUUGUAUUCCGCUCGACCCCGCACAGCUAUGGUGCCUCUAAACUUCCUGAGCUUACCCGUAUAUCUACAAUGUUGUAUCAAUGUUCGAACCUCAAGAAUAUUGAAAUUGGGUAUAUUACCCCACGCUCUGCCAGCGGAUCAACACAAGCUCACGCACUUAUCGCCAAUAACACAACGGCUCCUCAACGUGCAAGACCACUUGCAGACGAUUUUCUUGUAAACAGCGUGAUUGACAGGCAGCCGAAAUUCGCCCACCUCACACACAUGACUCUUACGAACCUUCGAUGUACUUCCCCAGUGGCACCGUCUGCAUUCCUUGCUGCCCAUACAAUGCUAGAAGUACUUCACCUUGACCUGGUCAUUCAGACCAGUGGUAAUGGGACGAACCCUCUACAACUCCCUCCAGGCUCUUUGCCUCACCUUCGCGAAAUAAAGGCUUCGAGGGAUGUCAUUAACUCUAUCUUACAGUGUCCAACAGUUGAUAUAAAGCAUAGACCUUUGGAGGUUAUCAAAGGCUUCAAGCUCUCCGGACACUCCGCUUCAUCAUCCAGCGUCAGUGUAGAUGCUGCAUUUUUACAGAACCUCCGCACGGCGGCAGGAUCUGGAAUUCGCCGUGUAGAAAUGUUGGGCUGGCACGAUAUCGAUGAGGUCAAACGACUUGUGGCCUGCGUGCCGGGAGUUCAACACUUAGAUGUGGGUAGGAGAAUCGGAGGCAGUGGCGAGAGAAACGGAGGGGUGGUUGAAAAGAACAUGCUCGAGUGGACUGACUUAAUGACGACAUUACCUGAGCUGGUCAGCAUGCACGGUGUGCGCUUCUUCUAUGAAGUCUCUUCCUCUGGCUCUGGUAGCGCUGGAGGUGGUGGCAACGCGAACAUCCCUGGUGUUUCUGGUGCAAGUGUAUCACCACACCAUGUUUACGACCCGGCGGACUCGACACCCAAUUCCAAUGGACCGACUCACUUGCCAGCGUCUAUUCCUCCUCUUCCGCAGAUCAACCCGAACAUUUCAAUGAUGGAACGGAGUCGUUUGCGCAAGAAUGACGAAACUGCAAGCUUGCUUGCUUGGAAAUGUCGCAAACUUCGGAGGGUUGACCAUUGGGAACCAUCCGUCAACUCAACUGGAGAUAGAAAGGUGGUAGUUCUUCUCAGAGAUGGGAAUACGGUUGGAGACGGGGAGAACAAGGUUAGAUGGGAGGUUAGGAAGGUCAAAGCCUGA